GGCGUGUUGGACGAAAUGAAAGCUGAUGAAGUCGUGGGGAGCAUGUGUGGCACCAGAGACAAAGGUUCUGUAUUCUGCACCUCGAUCCAGGAAAUGUUUCAUUUGUCGGUUUAUUUGUGCACUGCUGAAAGUCAAUCAACUGAACUUGAACUUGAACGUGAAGAGAUGACAUCUGAGAUGAUCUGGGUGCUAAGAUCUGAAGCCUUUGGGGGGCCGCUUUGUCAAGCACUUCCACUUCAUCCGCCAGAGGCAGAAUGGCCAAACAGGUCGGUAGGGCCGGGGUGCCAGUCAGUGAGCAGCAUGUCGGUGGACGGGACAGACGGCCGGCAGAAGGUACUGACGCUGGACUCGAUGAACCAGCAGGUGAAGAAGGUGGAGUACGCUGUGCGGGGCCCCAUCGUGCUGCGAGCUGCUGUCAUCGAGAAGGAGCUGCAACAGGGUGUCAAGAAACCCUUCUCAGAAGUGAUCAGAGCCAACAUUGGGGAUGCACAUGCCAUGGGUCAGAAACCCAUCACCUUCAUCCGACAGGUCCUGGCCAUCUGCACCUACCCUCAGCUCCUGUGUGACUCUGAUCUGCCUGAAGAUGCCAAGUCAAGGGCGAGGAGAAUCCUCAACAGCUGUGGGGGAAAGAGCCUAGGUGCCUACUCCGCAAGCCAGGGCAUCGAGGUCAUUCGGCAGAGUGUGGCCAAGUACAUCGAGAGACGGGACGGCGGGACCCCAUCAAACCCAGACAACAUCUUCCUCUCAACGGGGGCCAGUGAUGCCAUCGUGACCACCCUGAAGCUGCUGGUGUCGGGCGAGGGCCGAGGGCGGACAGGGGUGAUGAUCCCCAUUCCCCAGUACCCUCUGUACUCGGCUGCCAUCUCCGAUCUGGCUGCCGUGCAGGUCAACUACUACCUGGAUGAGGAGAACUGCUGGGCGCUGAACAUCGGGGAGCUGCGCCGGGCACUGCACGAAGCCCGGCAACACUGCACGCCCAGAGUGCUAUGCACCAUCAAUCCUGGCAACCCCACAGGUCAGGUACAGAGUCGGCAGGUGAUAGAAGACGUGAUCCGAUUCGCCGCUGAGGAGAAGCUGUUCCUAAUGGCAGACGAGGUCUAUCAGGACAAUGUCUACGCUGCUGGCUGCACCUUCCACUCAUUUAAAAAAGUGCUCUUCGAGAUGGGACCCCAGUUCUCUGACGUGGUCGAGCUGGCUUCCUUCCACUCUGUCUCCAAGGGUUACAUGGGGGAGUGUGGUUACCGUGGUGGUUACGUGGAGUACAUAAACCUGGACCCUGGCGUGAAGGCGGAGUUGGUGAAACUGGUGUCGGUGAGAUUGUGUCCCCCCGUGAGUGGGCAGGCCGUCAUGGGAGUGAUUACAGACCCUCCCCAGCCUGGGGAGCCCUCGCACCAAGCCUUCCUGAAGGAGAAGACCACUGUGCUGAGUUCCUUGGCAGAGAGGGCCCGUCUGACGGAGGAGCUACUCAGCGGGGUCCCCGGAAUCCGCUGUAACCCCGUGCAAGGAGCAAUGUACUCGUUUCCCCGUAUCGACAUCCCGCCCAAGGCCGUGGAGGCAGCAAAGUUCGCUGGACACAUGCCCGACAUGUUCUUCUGCAUGCAGUUGCUGGAGGAGACGGGGAUCUGCGUUGUUCCGGGCUGUGGGUUUGGACAGGCGGAGGGGACAUACCACUUCAGGAUGACCAUCCUGCCCCAGACGGACAAACUGAAGACCCUCCUCAGCAAACUUAAGUGCUUCUACCAGAAGUUCUGCCAACAGUACGCAUAGACAUGGCGGCUCUCUCACUGGCUGCAAGGCUCCGGACCCACCACCGACAGCAAGUACAACAGACCAACCCAGCCUCAGACUCAGACAAGACGGAAGUGCACAUCACCAUGGAGAUCAAGGAUCAUGGCUGAGAUGGGGGGGCAAGGGUUGCUUUUUACAGGGGGCACAUUGAAUUGCACUGGGACUGGAGUAGAUUUUUUGCACAAAUGGGGUAGAAAUUUUACAAACAACCUCAACGCUGUGAAUCGGUGCAGUGGCUACCCCUGUCACAGGGUCACCCUCCCUGAGGGGGCAGAUGCUGCUAGAUGGGCCACAGACAGUGGUUACACUAUCUGGUUCUCUCUGGUCCAAGUACACCUUAAAGUUCCCUCACCCUGGACUCCAGGAACCAGCCACAGUACCGAUCCACCCAGUUCACCCCAUCUCCCGAAACCACGGGAAUGCUAAUAAAUUAACUGAUGUGUCCAACAAGGCCUGUUGACUUCGAUUGAAACUAGUUUUCACAUAGAAAGUAGAAAAGCUACUUUUACAAUGUAGAAACAGUCCCUUCAGUCCAUCUAGUCCGUACUGGCUUGGUCUGCCAAAUCCUACUGGCCUGCACCCAGACCAUGCCCCUCUCAUUCAUGAAUGUACAAACUUCUCCUCAGUGUUGAAAUCCCGGCAGCUCGCUCCACACUCUCACCACCUUCUGAGUGAAGGAGUUCCCCCUCAGGUUCCCCUUCAACAUUUCACCUUUCACCCUUAACCCAUUACUUCUCUUUCUAGAGUCACCUAACUCAAGUGGAAAAAACCUGCUUGCAUUUACCCCAUCUAUACCCCUCAUAAUUUUGAUUACCUCUAUCAAAUCUUCCCUCACUUUCCUACACUCCAGGGAGUAAAGUUCUAACCUAUUCAACCUUUAACUCAAGUCCUCAACUACUGGAAACAUCCACGUAAAUUUUCUCUGCACUUUUUCAAGUUUAUUAAUAUCUUUCCUGUAGGUAGAUGACCAGACUAUGCACAAUACUCCAAAUUCGACCUCAGCAUUGUCUUACAAAGCUUCACCAUUGCAUCUUAACUCAAAAUCAGAAUCAGGUUUAUUAUCACGGACACGUUGUGAAAGUUGUUCUUUUGCAGCUGCAGUAUAGAGCACUACGUCAAAAGCACUAUGUUACAAUAAGAAAUGUAGAAAUAAAUAAAUAUGGAGCAAACAAGUCCUGCUGAAGAUCUCAGCAACUGUACUCCUCUCCAUCGA